CCUUUCCUGCUUGUGUUUUGUUGAGUGCGUGCUGUGUGCAUGAGGGAGUGAGAGAGAAAACGUGGUCACGGAGAAGGCUAGCCUUUUAGCUAGUUUGCGAGUGUGAAUGUGUGAAUGAAGUGGUAUACAAGCUCAAAUAUUUAGUAUUAUUUAUUUUUGUACGUAGUCAAGGUUGCCACAAACGGACAAGGUGCAGAGACUCUAUUGAUUAAAGCAGCUGGCUGAAAUUUGUGAUUGCAAUAGUGUUGAAAAUGUCCAUGGGCAGUCAGAAGACCACCAGUCAGGCAAUUCCGACCACCAGACGAGUCACAAUCAACGAUGCGGCCCAUAUGCCUCACGAUUACUCUACGACCCCCGGAGGGACCCUUUUUAGCACGACUCCUGGAGGCACCCGGAUCAUCUACGACCGAAAGUUCCUGCUGGAGUGUCGCAGCUCCCCUCUGGCCCGCACACCACCCUGCUGCCUCCCUGACAUUCCGGGGGUGACCAGUCCUCCUUCGGUCACCAUGAAAAAUGACAAGGCCAUCCCCAAACAGACUGUCAAUAAUAACAGCAUCAGCCCCCUGGUGGACAAGAGCGCAGGGGAUGAUGCCCAGUUUGAAAUGGAUAUCUAACUACGACAGAGGACCUGCGACACGAAGGCGGCGAUGACUGUAACAAGUAUUACUGUGAUUGAUAACUGUUCCCAGAGGGGAUAGAUGCACAGAAGACUUCUCUUUCCAUGUCAUCUGUUUUUUUCUUUUUCAUUUACCUGCUGUUUAAAUGAUGUUUUACUUUCCUGUACUGAUGCUGUCGGUCGAGACACGCACAAAGCCAUUACUUUAGAUUCUCAACAUCAGCUAACACUGUUGUGCCUGAAAGAGUCACAAUCUCGAAUGUCAGAUGGUGCAUCCCAAGCACAUCGAUGCAGGUCCACUUCUGCCUAAAACAUGGAGGACACCUCACAGGCCACCAUGUGACAUUGUUUGUCUGAAACAGAUUUGUGUAGUUUUACAGAAUGGUCAGUAGAGGGAGCAACAGUUCUCGUCUUAGUGGUUUUCUUAUCAAGAAUGGUGUGGAGGAAAACCAAACCCAACUCCUGGAAAUUUAGCAGUCAGUGAAUUUGACCACUUUCCAUUUGGCAGUGAUACUUUUUGUAAUGUAAAAUCUAAUUUCGGGAUAUUCUAAUGAGUGUGCUCACCUGAAGUGUCAUUCAACAUAAUUGUAAAAUUCCUUUUUUUUUUUUUUUUUUUUUUUUUUU